UCGUCACUUGCUCCCACGAUUUCUCCUGUCUCUCUCUCUCUCUACAUAAUCUCUCUGUAUUGUAACAAACUUCUCUCUCCCCCCCUGAUCUCACUGUCUCUCGGCAUUUCUUCAGAAGACUUUCUCCUUCAUGAUUUGAUUUGAUAGUAGGAUACCUACCGUGCUCCUGCUCGAUCCAGCUUCCCUCGCUGACCUUCGCCUCGAAAUCUCGGAGCCCUCUCACGGCUUCCUGCAUUUCUCUCUAUCCUGAUCAAAUGUCUCGCUACCGCCCGAUUCUCCUCUUGGCCACGCUGUUCUCUCUCGUCGGAGCUCUCCACGCCAGCCCCGGUGACGCCGAUCCAGUUUACAAGUCCUGUGUUGCGGAUUGUGAGAAAUCAGGAUGUGUUGGUGAGAGAUGCUUCCAACACUGUAAGUUUUCUUCUGAUGGGAAACCAAUCGGUAGUCCAUUGCAUAUGCAAGAACCACUGUAUCUGCGCUGGAAACAGUGGGACUGCCAGAGUGAUUGCCGAUAUCACUGUAUGCUCUCAAGGGAGGAGGAAAGGGAGAAACUUGGUGAAAAGCCUAUCAAAUACCACGGAAAAUGGCCAUUUCAGCGUAUAUACGGGAUCCAGGAACCCGCUUCAGUCGUCUUCUCUGCCCUCAACCUUUCCGUGCAAUUUCACGGCUGGCUAUCCUUUUUCAUCCUCGUGUACUACAAGUUACCUCUGAAAGCUAACAGGGGAACUUUAUAUGAGUACACUGGCCUGUGGCAUAUCUAUGGGCUCUUGUCGAUGAAUUCCUGGUUCUGGAGUGCUGUCUUUCAUAGUCGAGAUGUGGAGUUGACGGAGAAGCUCGAUUACUCAUCGGCUGUGGCUCUGCUUGGGUUCUCCCUUAUUGUGGCCAUAAUGCGAGCUUUCAAUGUGAGAGAGGAAGCUGCGAGGGUCAUGGUUGCGGCUCCUCUUAUAGCAUUUGUAACGACACAUAUUCUGUAUCUUAACUUUUAUAAGCUAGACUACGGAUUGAACAUGAAGGUUUGUGUAGCAAUGGCCAUUGCUCAGCUUCUGAUAUGGGCAGUUUGGGCUGGGGUGAGCCGUCACCCAUCACAACGGAAAGUGUGGGUAGUGGUGUUGGGUGGAGGCCUCGCGAUGCUCCUGGAGCUGUACGACUUCCCGCCAUAUCAGGGGCUUGUGGAUGCCCAUGCUCUCUGGCAUGCCAGCACCAUCCCCCUCUCAUACCUUUGGUGGAGCUUCAUUCGGGAUGAUGCUGAGCAUAGGACCACAACUCUACUGAAGAAGGCCAAGUAGAGAAGAAGCUCUGUUUCUUCUGGACAUGUGCUGAUGAGGACUUCAAACUCUACCACGAAAGAUAGCUAGAAAGCUGGUUGUCUUGCCUUUUCGUUUUUUUUUUUUUUUUUUUCCCGGCAGAGGAUUAAUUUAUUGGUGGAGAUCGGAUUAUCAGGUUUGGAAGGCGGCACGAAGUUCUUUUUUUCCCUGAAAGUUCGAUGUGCUCCACUGAGUUGCACACAAUACCUGUCGGGUUUGUAUUGUGUUUUUGUUUGAACAGUGGCACGAUAAUGGUGCCUUGUGAAGUUGAUGUUGUUGUUCCUCCUGAAUCGGAUUCCCAGAUGUCUGAUUUUUCAA